CUUGCUUGUGUCCCCCUCAUCGUCUUCGUCCUUCGCUUCUUGUCAUUGUUAUCUUCGCUACCUUUGUUCAUUGCUGCGAGUCCCUUCUCUCGUUGGUGGGCCCGCGCUUCUCUCACUCAACUGAUCGUCCCCCGUCUCUCGAGCUCCCCCCGACGAUCCAUCUCUCGCUCUCCCAACUUUCUCGUCGGCGACUGAGCUACUCUCGUUUCCGCACGCUUCUCCAAAUCUCCUCUAAUAACCCGCCCAGCCCUCGUUUUCCAACAUCCUUUAUGUCGGCCUCAUAGGCGCCUCUCGCUUCGUACCACCUGCAUUCGCUCAGGUCCUUCACUCAACGACAGCGACAUUUCAAUCCCGACUACGUUUUGGCUCCCCCAGUGAUUGACGUGCACAGUGCACUGUGUGACGCAAUGGCGAGCCCCAUGGCCAGCAGCUAUCCCCAUCCCCAUUCUCUUCCGUCCCCUCCCCCCGUCUACCUUCCAUCUUCGCCGCCUCACUCUCCGUCGCAUCGCGAUUCUCAGUCUACACCACGGAGCUCGAACUAUCCGCCAACCUCACCAAUUGCGCGCAAGCCUCUACCAGCAAGACCGUCAGCUCAGGUUGCACCGCAAGCUCCACCCCCCUCUGUCCCUUCUGUGAGCGUCAACGGUCACAUCGAACAACCUGAAACGCCAAGUACGACUAUUAAUAACCCCAAUGACGAUUCCUUUACAUCACACGUGACAAACGCUGCGUUUUCCAACUUGACGCUCCAGGAUAACACCACGAAACAUGGCGCCUACCCCCCACGAAAGGAGUCCAUUGGAGUCCUUCCUUCUACUGGGAACAUGGUGUAUCGACAUACCCCUGCCAGCAGUAUCUCAUCGUUUGCUGUAGAGCCUCAACCGCACGAUGAGACCCAAGCUGUUGGUAAGAGUAGCGGGUCAUCAUUCGACCGCGAUGGCCCUUCCGGCAGCCAAAACACGUCUUCGCGCGGCAGUAUAGACAGCAUGGCCCAGGCCCCAGAGAAUUUUGAGCCCCUACACUAUCACCAUCGCCCGUAUCAACCCUCGCAGCCAGCCGUGCAGUCCACGCCUGCUCUAGGAUCAGGAGAAAAUUAUCCAGGAAUAAACACCCAUCUCACCGCCAGACGCCCGCAGCGCCCACGCUCAGCGUAUUCUUUUGCAUCAGAGAAUGGAUCCCCACAGGCGUCACCCUUCCUCAAACCCCGUACAUCUUCCAGGAAUUCUAGUUCUCCUGACGUCCGGCCAGUAUCUUUUGUCGACCUUCUUAGUGCGCCUUAUCCUCAACCGGGGCCGGUCCCAGUCCAAUUGGGAAAUGCCCACCUUCGGUCCUCCGUUGGAAAUAAUGCAUCAUUGCUAAGUCAUAAGCAGACUUUUGAUAUGUACCUGGCAAACGUGAAGAAGACGGAUGAUCCUGCUAUUCAAUAUGAAUUCGCCGUUUUCAUGGUUGGCGCUAUGAUGGAAAUGCCCGACGAGGAGCUUGAGGGCGGAAAACCUUCACUCACCACGGAAAAGGACAAGAAUUCCUACGACAUCACCCGGUCUAAUCUUUUGAAAGAGGCCAAGUCGAUUUUCCAGACACUGGCAAACCGUAGUUAUCCGUUUGCGCAGUACUAUCUGGCAGACGGUUACGCCUCGGGUUUGUUUAGUAAAGGAAAGGAGGAUUACGAUCGCGCCUUCCCUUUAUUUGUAGCUGCGAGCAAGCAUGGCCAUGUGGAGGCAUGCUACCGAACUGCUCUGUGCUACGAGUUUGGAUGGGGAACACGGGUGGAGGCCUCUAGAGCUCAGCAGUUCUAUCGCCAAGCUGCCUCGAAAAACCACCCAGGUGCCAUGCUCCGGAUGGCAAAAGCCUGUCUUGCUGGGGAUAUGGGCUUAGGCAAGCGCUACAGGGAGGGAGUCAAAUGGUUGAAGCGGGCUACGGAUUCUUCGGAUGCACAGUAUAAUUCAGCGCCGUACGAGCUCGGCCUGCUUCAUGUAUCUGGAUACGGGGACGAUGUCUUUCCCGACCCUUCUUAUGCCGCUCAGCUGUUUACCAAGUCGGCAGAUCUUGGCCAUGUGGAGGCGUGCUAUCGCCUAGGAGAAGCCUACGAGCACGGAAAUUUGAAUUGUCCAAAGGACCCUGCCCUCAGCAUUCACUUUUAUACCACUGCUGCACAAGGAGGGAAUGCACUGGCAAUGAUGGCGCUAUGCGCUUGGUACCUGGUGGGUGCAGAGCCGGUGUUGGACAAGGAUGAGAACGAGGCGUACGAAUGGGCCAAACAGGCCGCUGAACUCGGACUCGCAAAGGCCCAGUAUGCAGUGGGCUACUUUACAGAAAUGGGCAUCGGAUGUCGGCGCGAUCCCCUAGAGGCCAACGUCUGGUACGUCAAAGCGGCCGACCAAGGGGAUAACCGAGCAAUGCACCGAAUCGCAACGAUCAGGGCCGCGGCGGACGGUGUUACGCCAGCGCAGGCCGCUGCGGAUGCCAAUGGGAAGAAAUCCCGAAAGAGUGAUGGCAAACAAAAAAGAUUCGGCAUAUUUUAGGCCUUCUGCUGGAAUUCCCCAGCAGUCUAUACAAGCAGACCAUGUUCUGCGACGGUUAAUACAUAAUACAGACGAUUUUUGCACUUGCACGGAUAUCGGUCGUUCAUCUUUACUGAAGCGAAUUUGUUACACCUGAAUUCAUUAUGGAUUCGCAUUUGGAAGGUCAUUGGAAGGGCCCGUGUUUCAUUUUAACAUUGUCCAGGCGAAUCAUUGAUAUCCCUUACACAUACUGUUGAUAUAUCCAUUAGCAAUGCGUCAUUGAAUGCCUCAAUGUGAGACAAAGACAGGACUACUAAUAAUCAAUUGGACGAGUGAUCCCCUCUCAGCCAUUCCCCGCGUAAUC